CCAUUUUCGAUUUUGUGGUUAUGAAUGUUAUUUGUAAACAAUAAUAGAUUUAUAAAAAGUGCUCAGUUCAUUUUAUUUAUUAUUAAGGAAGGAAGAAAUGGCAGAAAGAGAAAAUGAUAAAAUAUCAAAUGCUCUCUCCGUUUUAUAUGAAGAAACUGCAGAUCUUCUACAUAUUCCUAAGGAGGUAUCUCAAAUAGAUAGAGAAGCAACUUUGAAAGAAGACUGGUAUUUUACAUUUCAUAAGGAUUAUGUGUCCAAAAAUAAACCUCUGAUAAUUAAAAACUACUGCACAGAUUUUCCUGCAUGCAAAAAAUGGAAUAUUGAAUAUUUCAGGAAGAGUAUAGGUAGUAAAAAUGUGACUGUCGCAGUUACACCAAAUGGUUAUGCUGAUGGCAUUGCUCUAUCUCCACAUGUCGAAGAUAACACCGAAUAUUUUGUACUCCCAGAAGAAAAAACAAUGACAAUGAAAGAAUUUUUAGAUAAUUUAGAAAACCCACAACCGAAUUAUGUAUGUUAUAUACAAAAGCAAAAUUCCAAUCUCAAUGAUUUCCCUGAAAUUUACAACCACAUAGAGAAAGGAUAUAGUUGGGCUUCCAAAGCAUUUGGUACUGAGCCAGAUAGCUUGAACUUUUGGAUGGGUGAUCAAAGGGCAAUAACAAGUAUGCAUAGAGACCCCUAUGAGAACUUAUACUGUGUGAUUGAUGGAUUCAAAGAUUUCAUAUUGAUAUCACCAACAGAUUUACCAUACGUUCCUUAUAAAGAAUUCCCAGUAGCCCAAUAUGAGAAUGUUACUCUAAGUGGAUACAAAUUAACUCCAAAACUCGAAAACGAUGAAAAAACGUUCAUUAAAUGGGUUGCAGUUGAUCCUUUGGAUACAGAAAGUGUAAAUAAAUACCCACAAUUUAGAAAAGCUAGAAAAUAUCAAGUACAUCUGGAGAAAGGUGACAUGCUUUACCUCCCAAGUCUCUGGUUCCACCAUGUUACGCAAAGUCAUGGUUGUAUAGCAGUAAAUUUUUGGUACGACAUGGAAUUUGAUGUAAAAUAUUGUUAUUAUAAAUUUUUAGAAAAGCUCUGUGAGUAGAAG